ACCGGCUAUGAAGUUACAGAUAUGGCAAUGCCACUCUUGAAGACAGUUUAGUCUUCUUGAGACAGACAGACUAGAGCCAUCACCACCACCUCCAACGCCAACACCGCCACCAUCAUGUCGCUCAGCUGGUCGGCUAAAGACCACAAAAACACGAAUCAGCCCGCCGCGGCCGGACAGAAGCGAUCUCGCAGCGAUUCGGGGAACAAAGUGACGGUGGUGCUCGGUGCUCAGUGGGGAGACGAGGGCAAAGGGAAAGUCGUCGAUUUAUUGGCGACCGAAGCUGACGUUGUCUGCAGAUGUCAGGGAGGCAACAACGCAGGACACACAGUGGUAGUGGAUGGAAAGGAGUAUGACUUCCACCUUCUCCCAAGUGGAAUCAUCAACCCCAAAAGCACAUCACUCAUUGGUAAUGGAGUGGUCAUACAUCUACCUGGCCUGUUUGAGGAAGGUGAUAAAAAUGACAAGAAAGGUCUGAAAGGCUGGGAGAAGAGACUAAUUGUCUCAGACAGAGCUCACAUUGUGUUUGAUUUCCACCAGGUUGUCGAUGGCUUACAGGAAACUGAAAGACAAGCACAAGAAGGAAAGAACAUUGGGACAACCAAGAAGGGCAUUGGACCUGCAUAUUCUAGCAAAGCAUCUCGCACUGGCCUUCGUGUAUGUGACCUCCUUGGCGACUUUAAGGACUUCUCCACCAGAUUCAAGAACCUUGUCCACCAGUAUCAGUCCAUGUAUCCAUCCUUGACAGUUGAUGUUGAGGACCAACUGAAAAAACUCAAGGAAUAUGCUGAGAGAUUGCGGCCAAUGGUGAGAGACGGGGUCUACUACAUGUACGAAGCUCUUCACGGACCUCCAAAGAAAAUUCUGGUUGAAGGGGCCAAUGCUGCUCUGCUUGACAUUGACUUUGGCACUUAUCCUUUUGUGACAUCAUCAAACUGCACCGUAGGUGGGGCAUGCACCGGUCUGGGCAUCCCUCCUCUGAAUAUUGGCGAUGUGUUUGGUGUAGCAAAGGCGUACACCACCAGGGUAGGGAUCGGAGCGUUCCCCACAGAACAACUCAACGCAGUAGGAGAGCUGCUGCAGACGAGGGGGCACGAGGUGGGCGUAACCACAGGAAGGAAGCGGCGUUGUGGCUGGUUGGAUCUCGUCAUCGUCAGAUACGCUCAUAUGAUUAAUGGCUUUACAGCCAUUGCUUUGACAAAACUUGACAUUCUGGAUGUGCUGGAUGAAAUUAAAGUUGGAGUGGCCUACAAACUCAAUGGAAAAAGAAUUCCCCAUUUCCCAGCUAACAUGGACGUUUUGCACAAAGUGGAGGUUGAGUAUGAGACCUUCCCCGGUUGGAAGACGGACACGUCUGCAGCCAGGAAGUGGAGCGACCUCCCAGCCAAGGCACAAAACUACAUCCGCUUCAUCGAGAACCACAUUGGAGUUCCCAUCAAGUGGGUCGGUGUUGGAAAGUCCAGGGAGUGCAUGAUCCAAAUGUUCUAAAAGGAAAUCUUGACCUCCCCUUGAUGGAAGUACAGACGAUGUGGCACAAGUGGCAUCUUUUCAUCACCUAAAAUUAGUUAAUAAACAAAACAUCUAUGUAGCCUUUGAGCAGUGUUGGCUACAGCUGUUUUGGUGCAGCCAGAAACUCUUGUUCUUGUAUUAUUACAAUUAUUACCACAAAUGUCAAUCUAUAGCUGUGUCACCAAUUAAACCAGCAGAAAUGUUUCAAAUAAAAGUUGAUAGAUCCA